AUGGCAAAAGGUACAAAGACUUCAAAAAGACCUCAACCUUCUUCUAAUUGGAAAAAGAUCUUGCCUACAGUGGCACCUAAAUCAACAGAAAAAAAGAAGAGAAAGACAGAUGAAUUUGAAAUCAGUCCCAACUACAAAUGUUUCAACAAGAAACAACGUAUCGAAAAAAUGAAAGCUUCAUUUGAGGCAUCUAGACCUAAACCAAUCACAGAAACCAAGAUACCCAGCAAAGACGAAUUAUGGUUUGCAGAUGAUGUCGAUCAAGCUAUACUCAAAUCGGUCUAUCAAAAAGAAACAGCUCAAGAUGGACGCACAAAAAAGAAGCAAUUGGUGGCUCAAAUGAAUUCAGUUUCUGGAGAAGCAGCCAAGUUGGGUAAAUACGUGGCUAUCGAUUGUGAAAUGGUGGGUGUAGGACCUGAUGGUAAAGACUCAGCUUUGGCUCGUGUCUCUAUUGUUAACUACAAUGGUGCUGUCUUGUUGGAUUGUCAUGUCAAACCCCAAGAGAAAGUAACAGACUAUCGUACGCAUGUGAGUGGUAUUGAACCUCAUCAUUUGGCAUCCGAUGAAGCUUUGACAUUAAAAGAAGCACAAUAUAAAGUGGAAGCCAUUAUUCGUAAUCGUAUUUUAGUGGGUCAUGCCGUUCAUAACGAUUUGCAAGCUCUGAUCUUGUCUCAUCCAGCCUUGUUGAUCCGUGAUACAUCUCGUUACAAGCCUUUUAGAAAACUUGCCAAAGGAAGAACACCUGGUCUCAAGAUGCUGGUCAAGGAAAUUUUGGGUAUUACUAUUCAAUCAGGUAGUCACUCCUCUGUUGAAGAUGCUCGAUUCACUAUUCAGUUGUACAAGGCAGUCAAGGAUGAAUGGGAAAAGUCAUUUGGUGCUACUAAAGGAUUGAUGAUCAAAAAGUUUUUAGCUAAACAAGAAGCAAUUGAAGAAAAGAAGAAAAAGAACAAAAAGACAGUCAAAAUACAAGAAGUAGUCGAAGAAGAAGACGACAGUGAAAGUGAAAGUGAUAGUGAAAGUGAAAGUGACGAAGAAGACUUUUAG